CAAUAAGAAGUUUUCUUAGAACUGGUGAAAAUAGCGCUUGGAAUAGGCAAUCACGAGGACACUGCGAUAACGCAAACUUUGUAUCAGCGCCGUUUUUCCGGCCUUUUUUGUCUAAAAGAGUCGAAGAAUGAAAUUGGUGUUCGCAGCACUUUUUCUUCUUUCAGCGUGCUGCACGCGGGGCAAUUCUGGAGGAUGGGGAUGCCCUGAUUACCCCACCAUUUGUGAUUUCCUUUGCAAAGUAAGACUAUAUGCAUUUGGCUACUGCGAUAACGAGCAAGAACGCGAUGGUUGCCAUUGUGUUAAUGCAACAACAUAUGAACUCCAAGACGGUGAGCUUUCGCAGGAGUACUUACACGAUGCUGGAAGAUAUGUGAAAGUUUUAGCAGGUCACGGAUGCCCGAAGAUUUUCGACUGUGCUAUUAUUUGCCUUCUAAGCGGUGGGGAGUUCGCUUUAUGCGGUAGAAACAUUCCAUAUCACUGCUAUUGUUACCUGAAACUCGGGACAGCUGCGCCACCCACAGCAACGUCUACAACGACUGCACGCCCUUCGAGAGUUCGGCCUUCCGACUAUGUUCGACAUCGCGCGUGCCCCAAGGGCGGACCUAUAUGCGAACUAUAUUGCCAGCUUGAAGGAAGCCCCUUUGGUUACUGCCUUCCUGGAGAAAAAUACUGUCGCUGCGUUAGCCCGCAAUUGCAAGUUGGUCCUGGUGCCGAUAAAUCGUACAAGUACUACUAUGACAAUGGAAGCUACGUUAAAGAAUUGAAAGGCACACACGGCUGUCCAAAAUUGGCCGGCUGUGCCAUUGCUUGUCUCACAUCACACAGGGCCUAUCAUGCAGUUUGUGGCCGAAACCCACCACAUCGGUGUUACUGCUACAUACGACGACAUUAAUGACUCGCUGGAGUUUCAAGACGGAUCGCCGGCAGGCGACGGCCGGUUUCCGCACUACCUGCGGAGAUUCAGAAUUGGAGAUAGCAGUGUUAUAUUUCUGGGAACGAUGCAAACUCGUAUGAUCAUCAUUUUGAAAAUUGCGUGAGAACUAGGAUGUGCCGAGACUAAUAAAAAAUUAAAUUCCGGCAUACGUGCAGUACGAAAACAACUGAACUCAUAAAGGGCAAAAAUUGCACUUUGUAUUUUGGA